UUUUUUUUAAUAAUUAAAAAGUAUUGAAUAACUUGGCAAAAUUCUUAGAUUAAUUGAUUAAUUUAUAUUAAAAUGGAUGAAAAUGAUAUUAACAAUGUUGAACAUUGGAUAGAUAUGGAAAAUGAUCUUACACCAAUUCAUAUUGCAUGCUGGGUGGGAGAUGUGAAAGGUUUAAAGCGAUGCAUUAGCAAAAGUAAAAAUAUCAACGUGAAAGAUAAAGACGGUAGAACACCUCUUCAUUUAGCAACCACACAAGGCUUCUUCGAUAUUGUUGAUAUUCUUCUCAGGAAUGGAGCUGAUGUGAAUGCAAUGGAUCACGAAAAUCAUCAUCCAAUAUUUAAAGCAGUAGAACAAGGGCAUUUUGAAGUUGCAAGACGAUUAAUCGAAGCUGGAACCGAUUUAUAUAUUGCAGAUAAUUUGGGUGAUACUGUUCUUCAUUCCGCAAUUAAAAGUCGUAAUGCUAAUUUAGCGUUUCUUUUAAUUAGAAACAUGGAAAAUACAAAUUUUGCUAAUUAUCAGGGACAAACACCAUUAUCAUUAGCGGAAUCCUUCAAUAUGGAGGAUAUUAAAGAACAAUUAUCAAGUAAGGAAACUAAGAACACUAUAUUAGAUAAUUUUCUCGAAAUGGAUAAGAAAGAAGAUUCUGGAACGUUGAACAACAUAAUUGAUGAUAAUUGCCAACAACAGGAAGAAGGUACUAUAGAUUAUAGUAAAUCUAAUUUUGAAAAAAAUAAAAAUUUAUCAUCUGUUUAUGAAGAAUAUUCAGGAUCUUCUGCAGAAAACGAUAUCAAACUAUUAGAAUUUAAAGAAGUGACAAAAUUGAAUUCGGCAAUGCCAAAAACUGAUGAAAAUGCAUCGUCUAUAGAUUCUGUAUUUGAAGAUAAUGCUAAUGAAAUAUCGGGAAUGACGGACGAAAUAACAGGUCUUUCAAAUCGCUUAGGCCCAAUACGCGACGCAUUAAGGCAAAUACAAACAUUAGAGGAUAAAUAUAAACGUAAGAUACAGGUUCUUCAAAUAAAUUUGUCUAGAGAACAAACAGAGAAAGAUGAGAUUGAAAAGCGUCUUCAAAUGCUAAAAAACUCUAUUCGUUCUAUGCAAGACGAAUAUAAAACAGUUCGAGCAUCCAUUCAAGAAACACAAAUGGAAAUAGAUGCAAUUCAGAAAAAAUUAACUGAAGAAAAAGAAGCUUAUGAAAAUUUAAGUAAAUUUAACGAAAAAUUGAAAGACUGCGAAGAAGAAUUAGUUUUACGGAUUAAUAACAUUGAACAAGAACUCGAUGAAAUAAAAAUUGAAAAGUCAAGUAUUAAUUCAGACAAUAAUUACUUAAGAACACAAAUUAAUAUAUUAAAAACAGAAGUGAAGAACAGAAUAAAAGAAGAAGAUGAAUGGGAGAAAAAAUUAUCAUCAAUAAAUAACGAAAGGCAAAAUUCUGAAAAACAAAUUAAACUUCUUGAUAGAGAUAUAAAAUUUAAUCAAAGAUCUCUAGAAGAUAAUAUAAAAAGAUUUGAAAAUAAACUUCAAAUGCUAGCAAGCGAGAAAGAUUCUUUGGAUAAGAAGUUCAAACAAGAAAUUCGACGCAGAUCUAGCGCAGAAAAAGAAAUUGCCUUAGAACAACAAGAACUACAAGAACUUAAUGGAAAGUAUAAUCAAAUAAAAAGACAAAUUAGUCAGAUCCAGAAAACUGUGGAAGAACAGUCACGUUUCCAUUGCAAUACAGAAAAAAUUCUUCGAGACAAAAUAGAACAUUUGAGAUCUGAUAACUACAAUUUAUACCAAAGUGUUAAUAAUUUGAGAUUAUCUCUUCAACAUACUGAAUCUGAAUUCGAAAAAGAACAUUUGCAAAGUAAUCAAGUUAUUGCCGAUCUUAGAGAAGACAUACAAAAUAAGAAAUUUAAAGGCUAUCGAAACGAUGUGGAGAGUAUGGUAGAUGUGAGUAACGAAACUCACUCAGUUAAGAACACAGAAAAUAUGUCGGAAAAUUUAAAAAUUUCCGGACCACACGAACGCAUUAACAAAAAGAAUUUUUUUUAUUAUCUAAAAUCCAAAACUAAAUCUGAAGAAUGUAAAAAGACUGUGGAUACUGAGAGUGAUUUUUGAAUCUUUAAAACGUAAUUCUGUAUAUUUAAUUUUAAUUAAAAUUUGAAAUUAGGUAUUGUUGGUUUUGAUAACUUCCUUUUUUAAUAUCAAACAUAAUUUUCUGUAUUUUGUACGUUAAAUUUUCUCCAGCAUGAAUCCUUAUAAGUUUAAAUAAACUGUAGAAGUAGAAGAAAAUUCUGACAUUAUUUAUUAGUUUGGUAAAAGAUAGUGUAAUCGAUUCUAAUUUAAACCGCAUGUAACAAAAACACCGAAAGAAACAAUCGAGAGAGAGGUGUGACGAGAUCUAGUCUCUCUUCCACAUAAAUUAAAAAAUGGCGCCAUAUCCUCUAACCCACUCGCAAGGUCAAUAUCCUACAAACGAAAUUAAUUAAGAAGCAUUAAUUGCAUGCAAGUGAGACAUACUAAUACAUUAUAACUGAUUAUGUGAAGUAUUAUCGAAGAUUUAGGUCGGAAGAAGCGAAAAUAGCAUAAAGUGUAAGCAACAUCGCCGACUAGAACACGCGCCAUUUUUCCGAAUUUGAACAAAGAACGGAGAGUGGUUGUUUAAGUUCAUCUGUUAGUCGGCAAGUCGAUAGUCGAU